AUGUCCGCCAUUGCACCAAUUCAAGGUACCCUAAGGAAGAGAAUCAUCUCCGAUAUUGCUACUGGAUUUGCCCUAGGUGGUGUUAUGGGCAGUUACUGGUGGUGGGGAUACCACAAAGGAAUUAUUGGUAAACGUGAAGCCUUUUAUGCCCAAUUAGCUGAACAGAAGAAAUCUGAAGCUGUUGGUGCUGAAGAUGAGAAUUAA